GCCAUUUAGGUGACGCUGCAAUUCGUCUCCAUUCUUCUCUGAUCUGACAGGAAUUUUACAGAACUACGAAGUCGUUGGGAUCGCUAGCUGCCAUAAACCUACGAGGAUGGAUGACUUAACAUGUGGGCAUCUCGUUAAAGAGCACUGCACAGAACAAACUGGAAACCAAAUACACAUGAAAGAGGAGGAGACAGAAGACACGGGGUUGCAACAAGACAGACAACAGGACAAGCUAUUCCAGGAAACAUACAGUGAGGACCAAGAAAUGUAUGGCGAAACCUGCUACCUACCAACCUAUUAUCCUGAAAAAGUGACCUACAACAAAGGAGAGCAGACAGCGGACAUGAGACGGCAGCAGGACGUUCUAAGCAAGGAAACGUGCAGGGUAAACUGUACCCAGCCUGAGGAGGGAGUCUCAUCACAUCUACAUUUGCAGGUCCAUACUGAACAGGUGGAAAUGAACAUGGGGGAGCAGACAACAGACACGGGACGGCAGCAGGGUGUACCAAACUACAAAGUUUGCGGUGAGAACUGUACCUGUUCAGAUGAACAAGUCAUGCCACAGGCAACUGUGCAGAGUCAUACAUGUACAGAGCAGGAUGGCAGCCAUGUGGCAAGAAAAACUUUUAUUUGCUGGAAAUGUGGUUACCGGUCGGCUAUAAGGAGUCACAUGUCUAGGCACAUGAGAACACACACAGGCAAGAAACCCUACAUGUGCGGGGAGUGCGGAUUCAGAACUGCUCAUAGCGCAACAUUAUCUCGACACCAGAGAACGCACACCGGAGACAGACCCUACGUGUGUGGUGAGUGCGGAUACAGGGCGGCGGAGAAGUACCACCUAUCCCGACACCAGAGAACGCACACUGAUAAUAAAACCUACAUGUAUGGGGAAUGUGAAUAUGGAAUGACUGGCCAUUCCCAAUAUACGACAAUGCAGACAAAGGAGAAACCCUACAAGUGUGACCAGAGCGACAAUUUUGCUGCGCAGAACUUUCACGUAGACCACCACAUCAUGGAAAAGCACACUGAUGUGAAACCCUACAUAUGUGGGGAGUGUGACUAUAGUACAGCUGUUAAGUCCCACCUAUCUCGGCACAUCAAAAUACAUUUAGGUGAGAAACCCUACAAAUGUGACCAGUGUGACUAUUCUGCUGCACAGAAGGGCCAACUAGACAAACAUGUGAUGACAAAACACACCGGUGAGAAGCCCUACAUGUGUGGAGAGUGUGGGUAUAGGACAGCUGCUAGGUAUGCCUUAUCCCGACAUAUGAGAACACAUACCGGUGAGAAACCUUACAAAUGUGACCUGUGUGACUACUCUGCUGCACAGAAAGGCAACUUAGAUGAACACAUUAUGAUAAAACACACGGGAGAGAAACCCUACAUUUGCGAGGAAUGUGGAUACAGGACUGCAAAAAGUUCAAACUUAUCCCUACAUAAGAGAAAACAUACAGGUGAGAAACCCUUCAAAUGCGAUCAGUGCGACUAUUCCGCUGCACGGAAGGUUCAAGUUGACAGACACAUGAUGGUGAAACACACAGUUGAGAAACCCUAUGUGUGGAGAGUGCUUGUACAGGAGCACUAAAGCCUUAGUAAAUCAUUGACAGCCAUCUAUCCGGUGUAGUGUGUGGACUUAAGUGGAGUCUCUCUAACACCUGGGUCUGAUUGACUACUACUAUGUGAUAAAAGGGCUUAGAGAAGUUUUUACAUAGUGGUUGCUCGUCUAUCGUUCACUAGACCCAUGUAUGCUGUUGUUUGGGUCAAGUUCAAACCCACGAGAGUACUAGUAAAGGCUACUGAAGCGUUAGGCAGUAGUCUACUAGUAUGGUUUGACACAUACUCACAGUCUCACACACGUGUAUCAGGUUUGUGACCUCUAAUCUUUCAAGUUCAAGUGGACCGACACAUGAUGGUGAAACAUGCAGUAGAGAAACCCUAUGUGUGGAGAGUGCUAGUACAGGAGCGCUGAAAGUGUGGCCGAGUUAGAACAGAGGGUGAAGUCCAAGAAGAGAACAGGCAGAAGAGAAGCUUUAAGAAGAUGGGGCCAGGUAGUUCUGACCUAUCCAGACAUGUGAGAAAAUAUGUCAGGAAGAAUACCGUACAGCCCAGCAGUGUUCUAGCCAGCCUGAAAUUUUUGCCCGUCCCCUGGAUUUUAUUUUGAAAUCCUGUUGAAGGUGCAACGAUCCUAGGUGUUUCUGGAACAUGCUCUCCCAGAAACAUUUUGAAAUCUAGACCCUCUGAAAUGCAAUUUCUUCUAUUUUGAGGGGCAAAUUUUGCUGGUAGACCCAGCUUGUUUCAAUUAAUAUUUUUACAUACUGAUUUUGUCCGUCACAGACGACAGGAUGGGCAACAUUUUUGUCAGUCCUUAGCAUCAAAGGAUGGAAGGACUGGUGCGGGCUAGAACCCUGCGUUAUGGUGGACACA